AGCGCUGGAAGCGGGGACUACAGGAGGGACGAAGCUGCUUCCCUCGCUCGCCGAUCAUUCUGCAUAAUCAGGAACACUCAUCUCUCCACCACUUGUCUUUCUAUCUUUUUUUACAUUAGAUCCAGGACUUUCUUUCUCCCUGGUCUCUAUCAACUCCUCACUUCUUCCUGCAUUACACCAAAGCUCAGUCUCCGUAACGAACACUCUUCCUCAUCCAUUACCAAUCGGUCCAAUUCUUAUUCUAUAUUUAAUAUCUUGGACAGACUUUCUCAGUCAUCUGUGUAUCCCAACUGAUCUUGAGAUUUCCACCUCCACUCCUAGAGUUUGGAUUCGUUGGAUAUUGAACAAUUAGGCAAACAAACACUCAAUUCAUCUGCAUAAGCUGCAGCUGUCUGCAUAUAAAAAAAGAAAAUUGAACGCACGAGGGGUUUUUUUCCGUCGAUUACUCUUUUUGGAUGGACCAAGCGACCCCAUCCAAUUUUUAUUUGACGCUCUGUCUGUACGUCUCCUUCUACUUUCUCUUCUUCUCCGCAACCACAACAGUCGACGACAACAACAAUAACGACACCGCAUCAAAAUCAUCGCCAUUCCGAUUCCGUAUCCCUACAGACCAAGAGCUCAAGGACAAACGUCGCGCCAAAUCAUUUUCAGAACAACUGGACCCAUUCUUGGCAGCAACUCGAAAGGCACAGGCCACUAAACAAGUCAAAGAUAUUGCAAAAGCACGAGCAAAGGCAACUCUUGGAACAAUCAGUGGAGCAUAUCAUUCUCAUUCGAGGCAUCAUUCAAAGCAACAUUCAAAGCAAUAUUCAAAAGGUCAUUCAUCGUCUACAGCAACCUCUAAGUUUUCCAACACUGGUAACCAUUUAAGGCAACACUCAAGGCAAAAGAGUCAUCACAGCCAACAUCAUUACGAUAGCUAUCGCAUUAAUAUCCCAGGUAGCUACUUUUUCAACGAUAAUACCUCCAGGAAAUCAGCAAGUACUGAAAAGGCCACCAACAACACUCCGAGUGUCCAAGCACGUGAAUAUAAUCACCUCCAUUAUCAAGGUCAACAAAAGGGAUCCCACUUGACGGAUUAUUUCUCUCCACCUCAUCCUCAACCUAAUAAACAGCCACCACGAUCGCCACGUAGAUUCUCGCGUCAGAACCAGAAACGUUACUAUCAUUUUUCCACAGAAGAACCGUUAAUUCGCAAGAAAAAAGACAUGACAGCCCCAGCGACGGCCAUAACAGAACAACCACCACAUGCACAAGCACAAGCACAGCCCAGCCAGCCAAAUCAAGGUUGGAAUGGUAAUAAAGUUGUCCAGUCAGUAGAGGCACGAGAACAACAACAUCGUCGUAGUAGUAUAAACUGGGCAGAUGAACCAUUAGGUCAGCCAUCACAUUCGCAAACACAGGCACAACAGGCGACUUUGAAUAGGAACUCAAUGUCGCCAGACCGAUACGAAUCCAAGUGUCAUCUUGAAGAAUCCGUUACACCUUCGACAUUGCUAGCACAUCUGCGCGUCUUACGAAUGGUUCAAAGUUUAGUGAUCGUGGAUGAUGAAGAUUUAGAUUUUUUAUUUCUGAUUCGAUCUGAAGAGCGAUAUCUCAAGUUCCUGGAUCUGCUGCAACAGAUGGAGCCGCCAAUUCAUGCAGUUCCCUUGCCACCAUUAGAUGUCGCGUUGAUGUGGAUGGUCCAUAUGCUGGCACCAUUUCGAUACCAUGAAGACCUUCUCAGAAGCUACAGUCCUCAUCUGCUUAAUUAUGCAUUUCCAUUGGAGCGAUAUGUAGCAGCUGUAGACAUUGAGAACCCAACGACACAUGAUGAUGCAUUUUUGACUAGUAAGGCUAUGUGGCUGCAACUUUACCCAGAGGAGCCCUUUGAUUUGGAUAAGGAUGACACAAGCCGGAUGUUUGAGAUUGAAUGCCUUUGGUGUGGCGGCACCAACGUGAUGGAUAGUUCGACCUUUAUCAAAUUCCGGAUCGAUGGCAUGUCAAUCGACUGUAAAGGCUGUGGAUCUCAAUGUAGUCUCCAGACUCUAUCCUCUAAACGAUUCUGGGACGGAGUUGAAGCCUAUCGUGCUGAUUCGUCCAUUCUUCUCGCGGGAUCGAUCCUCUCACCUACAACAGGGAUACCAGACACAGUAGCAGCACAACGUGAGCACCAUCUUCUUUUCUUCCACCCUCGGAUCCAAUUUGCACUCGAUCAAGCAUCCGUGUCCCUUAAUUGUACAUGGCCCAAGGUAAUCCAAACGUUUCAGGAUCUAGGACCAGAUCAAUACUAUGGAAUUCGACCAACGACACUCGCUCGAACGAUUAGCUCAUAUAUGGGCCUUGUUGAAGACCGACUGUCGAUGGAUCUGGUUAGUGGAGCCCUUCGACAGCGUGAUUUCCAAAAGGCCAUGAUGGUUACAGGUGGAUUAGCUUGGUGUCAACCUCAGGUUCUGCAACGGUCUCUGGAUCGCUACAAAAAAUUCAUGGUUCUCGCACGUGCGGACAAUAAUCACACAGGUAAAUCAUCAGCAAAGCUACGUCGAGGCAGUGGUAUCACGGGCAUGUCUUCCAAGGCUGCAGGGGGAGGAAAUCUUGGAGCAGGCCAACCCGGUCGACAUGCAUUAGUCCCUACAUUGGAUAUUGAUCUGGCCUGGCAUACACACAUGUUGGACCCAGCACACUAUCGAUACUAUCAAUUAACCCAUUACGGCAAGGUGUUGAACCAUGAUGACACCAUCCAGGCAUCCUCGGCAAUGACAAAGCAGGAUUUUAUGAGGACUGCAGAGCUUUGGCAGGACCUUUACCAGGAAAAGUAUAGCACUCAACAGAUGACAUGGCGAAAACAAGGGGCCAUGUUGACACCAGGCAAAUUGUGUGCAGGUGUAUGCUUUCCUCCUUUUGGCGUCUAUCUACUCUGGAAGCACUGGAGAUCCAACAAAAAGGCCAGACAGGCAAAUGGAGGCCCUGGCUCUGAGAAGAAAACAAAAAAGACCAAACAAAGUAAAAAAAGCAAGCGGGGAAACGAGGAGACUAAAACGAAUAAAGACACGGAAAAGUCGAAAGCUGAGGAGAGCAGCUUUAAAGAGAAGGAGGGCUCCUUGACUUACGGCGACAAAAACAACGAUGCCGAUAGUAAUAACAACAACAAUAGUAAUCAGAAUUGUAAUAAUAAUAGUAAUAAUAAUAUUAAUAAUGGUAAUGGUAAUAAUAACGGCGGCAACACCACCAACAAGCCUGGAAAGCGUUCAGAGCUGAUGAUCGAAGAGCUGGCAGUUCAGGAUGAAUCUUUGUCAUCACAGCAAACACAACGACAUGAUGUAAAAGGCAAGGGAAAAGUUGUCAGCAACGAUGUACAUCUGGACCUUAAUAACAACAAAAACAGAACCAGCUCUCCAGACCAUGGUGCAAGGAACCUCACUGCAGGACUUGGUUUAGAUGGACGAUUGAGCAAUUGGAACGGUGAUGCUGCGGGACCAGCCGGACAAGCAUCAUGUUCAUCUGGAGCCUGUGUCAUGUCACCAUGGAACGAACUUCAAGACCUUGCUCCCAUUGUUAAUCUGCACCAACAACCGCAACAACAACGUGAGCUUAGGAAGGAAAGGACAUGAUGUCUGAUGUUUUUAUUGUAGUAUAUUUACCAUGUUAAUAACAAUAAUAACAACACGAU